AUAACUCUCUCGGGUACAUAACUCUCUUUGAACACAACAUAACCGGAACUCAGCGAGGUGAGCUACUGACCUGCUCUUUUAGAAGUCAAGAUCUUAAGCUCGAAAUUUUUCAGUAAUCAUGGCCACCAUGAAGCUCGUGCUUAUCCUCAUGAUGACAACCAUCGUUGCCGUCUGGGCUCGUGACCCCGAGCUCACAACCGAUUUCGCCGUUCCAGUAGGAAUGAACGCUUCCUUGAUCAAUGGAGAUUUCUUCACAUUCACAGGUCUCAGAAACUUCUCCGCUGCUCCAAACACCUUUGGCUCCAAGAAGGUUACGCAUGUCGAAUUCCCCGCUCUCACUGGACUCGGCGUCGGCGUGACCCUCCUCGAGUACAAGCCCAACACUCUGAACCCUCCCCACACUCACGCCCGUGGAUCAGAGCUCAUCUUCGUCAUGGCCGGACACUUGGACGUCGGCCUCAUCGACUCUGCCAACAAGCUGUACUCUGCCCAUCUCCAUGAGGGUGACUUGUUCGUGUUCCCUCAGGGUCUUGUCCACUUUCAGAUCAACAUGUCCAAGGAGAAGAGUGUUCUGGCCAUCUCUGCUUUCGGUAGCUCCAACGCCGGCACCAUCUCGAUGCCCAGGAACAUCUUUGGAUCUGGUAUUGAGGACGAGGUUCUCCUCCAAGCUUUCAAAAUCACCUCCGCCGAGUUGAUGAAAUUGAAAGCUCCAUUCACGCCGACCAUGUAGAUUUACAGUAUCAAGAAUCAAAGUCCUACGCAGGAUAAAGUGUGUCCUGGUCGCUCAGUACUUUCAUAUAUUCUCUCCAUGAGCUCGAUGCGGAUCAAUUCUCGGACAUAUAUCUUGAAAAGUUUCAGAUUUUCAUGAGAAGCAGUGUGUUCCCUUUGAGAAUCUUUUAAAGAAAUUUUCACUUCGCGAAAUCUGAAAACAA